GAGAGCACACCCCAUGGAGAAGGGAUUCGGGUGCAACCCGAGGAUGGGAUUUCGCAAGUGUGUUCAGCACUGACAGGCCGCUCUCAUUCUUCUUUAAAAAAAAAAAAAAAACGAGAAAAAAGACGUUUGCUGAUAUGUGGGCGGUUUCUUAUUAGCGCUGCCGGGGAGACAUUCCUCGUCACUCUCUGUCCGGCUUCCCACCCCCCCCUCCCCGCUUCACUCCUCCGCCUCUUUUCCUGUCUUUUCCACACAAUGUUCUGCUCGACCAGGACCAAAGGGACCAGGAACCCACAGCUACUUUCGGACAGACUGUGAAGACCCACAGCCACGGUGGGACGGACUCUGCUUACAACACGUAGGACCGAGUGGUCAGCGUUGUCCAGUCACGGCCAUGUCGGCCCCCUUCUCAGACCACGACCCCAGGGCUGUGUGCCCCAGCGUGCUGCACUCAAAGUCCCAGCGCUGGGAUUCACCUGGAGCCGUGACUGCAGACAAAGUGAGGAUAACAGGAGACCUGAGGCUCUCCAGAAACCUCUCCAGGUCAGACUCCGACUUGCUGGCCUCACCAGCAAUUGGGGAAGAGGUGGGUUUUGGUGGACACGAUAAGUCAGUGUAUAGCUGCAGCACUGAAGAGAAGCAACUGGAGAGGACCCCUUCGUAUGCCUCUGAAUGGGACGAGAUAGACAAAAUCAUGGAUCUGAUUGGAGCCGGGAUUGAAUUCUCCAGAGACGAGUCUCUCAGGGCCACAGGUGGUGCCGGUGCACGCGCCCUGGACCAGCCGGUGGGUGACUGGCUGGAGCAUGUGGGGCUGCCACAGUAUGAGAGUAAGCUGCUGCUCAACGGCUUUGAUGACCUACGCUUCAUGGGAAGUAACGUGAUGGAAGACCAAGAUCUCAGGGAUAUAGGAAUCACUGAUCCAGGCCACAGGAGGAAGAUCUUGCAGGCUGCACGUUCACUGCCCAAGGUGAAAGCCUUGGGUUGUGACGGUAGCACCUCCCUUAUUAUCUGGCUAGAAAAUCUAGGCCUGCAGGAGUACCUACCCAACUUCUUGUCCAGCGGUUACCACACCCUUGACUGUGUGAAGAACUUAUGGGAGCUGGAGAUUGUAAACGUGCUGAAGAUAACUCUGCUUGGCCACAGGAAGCGGAUCAUCGCCUCUCUGGCAGAGUUACCCUACGAGGAGCCCCCCGCGAAGCCCAGUCGUUUGUCCCAGAUGAGAUGUCAGGACCUCCUGUCACAGCCCUCCUCCCCCCUUAGCUACAUGGACUCCUACGCCAGCCGUUCUAUGGACCAACUCCUGCCUCUGGGGGACUCAGCCAGGAGGAGAAGAUCUAACCGAGACCACAGCUUGUCCCAUCGCUCUCACAGCGAACGGCCCCGGUCCCACGACAGGCAACUUGACAGGCAGCUCGAGCGACACAGAGAGCCCAGCUUAACCCUCCGACCCCCGAGUCAAUCUGCUACCUAUGCUGCAGUGUCCAGCUGGCACCACCAGCCUGAGAAACUCAUCUUUGAGGCCUGCGGUUAUGAAGCGAGUUACCUGGGGUCAAUGGUCAUCAAAGAUCUACGAGGUAUUGAGUCCACCCAGGAAGCCUGUGCCAAAAUGAGGAGGUCAACAGAGCAGAGGAGGAAGGCCCCUACCAUCAUCCUUUCCAUCACUUACAAAGGCGUCAGAUUCAUUGAUUCAUCCACUAAGAACCUUAUUGCAGAACAUGAGAUCCGGAACAUCUCCUGCGCUGCCCAGGACCCAGAUGACCUCUGCACAUUUGCUUACAUCACCAAGGACCUGCAGACUGGACACCACUUUUGCCAUGUCUUCAGCACAGUGGACGUGAACCAGACCUAUGAAAUCAUCCUGACAUUGGGGCAGGCAUUUGAAGUGGCAUAUCAGUUGGCUCUGAAGGCCCAGAGGACCCAUCAGCAUGGCUAUCCAACAAGUCUUGGGUCGGAUUUCAUUGAGACCAGGUCCAGCCGGCCAAUACCCAAGCCCAGGGGCAGCACAAGGAAGGCAGCACUGACUCCUGUGUUCAAGUUUCCAGACACCAGGCUCUGAGGGAUUAUUGGGUAAAUGGGGGUAUGGGGGUUGCAGGAAGGUGGAGUUGAUGGGGGAGUCUAAGUGUGGAGGCCUCCUCUCCAUACCCCUCAUGAUAAGCUUCAGCAUGGGGAAACCAAGCCAAGAAGAACCAACCACUUACCCAAAUUGGAGGUAACCAUUCCAUAAAGGAAAGCCCAGGUCAGAUACCAUCAGUAGCUGAAGCAAAACCAAAACUGUGCUCCCUCAUUCUCACCAAGCUGUGGUUUAGUUGUAGCUCCACUUGUUGUCACGUCUACUUUCUCUACAGAACACGGUGAAACAUGUCUGAUGGUAUGUAGCAUGAGUGGAUUUUUUAUGAACUAAAGACUAGACAUGGGGUCACGCUUGUAAACCCCUUGUCCUUUCUGUCAGUUUUAUUAUUUUUGUUUUUUAGCAUUGCCCUUUUAUACAACUUGGUGCAAAUUAAGUCAAUAAAGAGGAAGAAGCUUUGUCUAGCAGCACCACUAAAGCCAUUAAUGUGUUCAAAAUAAGUCACGCCCUGGUCUUCCCUAAGCUGCUGUUAUUAUGUGUUCUGUGUUGUGAUUUUCCCCAGCUUGAUCAGUCUGUGAGAAAAAUUUAUUUCCCACAAACUUGAAGCCACUCUGGAUUUCAGUAAUGAGAAUAUUUAAAGUUAUGCCAAUCAAUGGGUGACAGAUUAUUGGUCUUUCAGGAUGUUUACGAUACAUUCCUUGUUAACCUCAAAAUGGAAUUAGCUCAAUAACUGCAAAUGAGUCAAAGGACAUCUCACAAAAGGGAUUUCUCUAAGUAAUCCCAUAAAGUAAGAUCUCUAUUUAGGGGGCAUAAUUCUUACACCCUUAGAAUUAAAUCUGUACAAUGCAGAAGUGCAGCUAAAUAUUGGUAUGGCAAGAAUUUAUCCUUAAAAUUGUGUACAGUGAGCCUAAAUAGCAGUUAAAACUUAUUAUUAUUAUUAUUAUGCUAGUCAAUGUGCAAGUCUUUGAUUAAAUUUCUUUUCAUUGAUAUAAAAGUGAAGACCGUCAAAGAAAAGAAAAAACAACUUUGUCCUAAAAUGAUAAAAAUGUUACGUAAAUUUCAGAAAACACAAUAACUUUGUUUUACCUUAGCUGCUGAUUUUGACUAAUCACCUUUGCAAAUCUAUAUAUUUAAUGCUUGUUUAAUUCCUACAUGGCUACUUUAUUUUUAAAGCAAAAUUUGAAUGCACUGGUCUGAAAAGAAGUGUUUGAACACCUGAAUAACAACAGGUUGAAGUAUGUGAAAAGCAACUUAUUUUGAGAUUAUGCUAUUGAAACUUGAUAUUGAAGCAUUAAACUGUGAUGCCUUAACCGGCAGUGAAAGCAGAUACUAUAGACACCCUCUGUGACAAUAAUGACCUUGUAAACACUGGCAUUUCACACUCUAUUCGGAAAUCCCAUGUUUAUGGUACUCUGCUCUCAUUCAAUAAACUCAAGCACCUUGGGCCAUCA